CCAAAGGCCAGCUGGCGGCGAGUUCAAUUCGAGGCAAAGCCCUGGACUCCAGUUUUGCGUGGCCUGAUCGAUUACUCUAGACAUGUAGGGCGAUUAUAGGCUGUUGGUUCUAUGCUGUCAGCGCCGGGAGCGGAGGCAGAAAUACGGCGAGCCGGCACGCAACGAUGGCGCAGAACCGUGGAGCUGCAGGAGGCAGCCAGGCACCUUCCAACCGCGCCCCCGAAUACUCAAUCAUCGUCCCCACCUACAAUGAGCGCGAGAACGUGGCAGUCCUGAUGUGGAUGAUUGACAGGGCUAUGCAGGAAGCAGGCGCGGGCUAUGAGGUUGUCUUUGUGGACGAUGCCAGCCCCGACGGCACCGCCGACGCUGUGCGCGAACUCAUACGCGCUUUCGGAACCCAUCGCGUGAGGUUAAUCACGCGGGCCGGCAAGCUUGGGCUCGGAUCCGCGUACGGCUCAGGCCUGGCGCACGCCUCUGGGGAGUGGAUCAUCCUCAUGGAUGCUGACCUUUCGCACCAUCCCAAGCACCUGCCGGCGUUCAUAGCAAAGCAGCGAGCGACGGGCGCCGACGUGGUGUCAGGCACGCGCUACCAGCUCGGCGGCGGCGUGGCAGGUUGGAACUUGGUCCGCAAGUUGACAAGCCGCGGCGCCAACAUCCUGGCGUCCUUCAUCCUAGGCGCUCGCACAUCCGACCUGACAGGCGCGUAUCGCCUGUACCGCCGCGACGCGCUGGCGAAGCUGCUGGCAGCUACGAAGUCGCGCGGCUACGCAUUCCAGAUGGAAGUUAUUGUGCGGGCGCAGUACAGCGGGUUGCGCAUCGAGGAGGUGCCCAUCGUGUUUGUAGACAGGCUGUACGGGCAGUCCAAGUUGGGCGUUGGUGAAUACGUGCAGUUCGUCAAGGGCCUGUUGCGGCUGCUGGUGGGGCUGUGAUGCGGGCUGUGAGCCUGUGAUGUCCAGACCUGGAGCUCAGCGUUCGGGAGUGCUUGAUGGUUUUGCAGCGCGCCAAGUGCUUUGGUGAUUCGGGAGAGACGUUAAGUGCGCGGCAGUAACAGGGCUUCGCGAUGCUUCUGGCGGGGCGCUCGCUGCUGCCGGGCUCGCAGUGGCGUGUCGCUGAGCGGCUCUUUCGGUAACGGAGGGCCGAUUGGAGCUGCUGGCGACUCUUGCUGUGGGCUGCUGCCGCGGCCUGACGUGGCGCCGGGCUCGCCGCGCGUGAACAGGGGCACGCUGCGGCGGGAGCCAGGACCGGCGUCUUCCGGGCGGCGGCGGCUGGAGCUGUGGGCGCAUCUACACAGUGGAGAGACCUGCUUGGCGAAUGCAGUCUGGCGAAGGCAGUCCAGCGAAGGCUGGCUGGCGCAGGCCGACUAAGCGAAGGCUGGCUGGCGCUGUCUGCUGUGCUAGGGUGUUGCGAGGCUGUGUGGACUUGGUUGGGCGGUGGGCGUGCCUGCACCGCCUGCGCUAGGUUGCGGGCGCUGUGGCUUGUGCUGUCUGGUGGGUCGGACCGGCUGAUCCUCGUGGUUCAGCGAACUUGCACGGCCCUAGGCCGUCUACAGGAUGCAGCUUCGGGCUGCACCCAACAGUGUGAGGGCCCUGCCCUGUUGGUGCUGGUGUUUUGGGGUAGGAGUUGCACUUUGCAAAGUGGCAGUCAGUCUGACGCCGACCCGCGGCUUAGGUGAGCAGCGCUAGCGUUUGCGGUGAGCCUUGCUCGGGGUUCCUCCCCUCCUUUAGUGAGGCGAGGAGCAUGGGGGUCAUUCGAGGUUCCCUCCUCGAGUGUGCGUACGUGUCUCGUGCGUUUAUGGAGCCCUGGCUUGCCCGUGGCUGUCAUCCCACAUGUAACCUCUAUUCGCA